GAAGUGCGGAUUAAUCCCAUCUGCUGUGAUGCGGUCCGGGCAUUAGGAGUUGGAGAAGUAGCGGAUUUAAAAACUUUCUGUCUGCAAGUGUUGUCCGUUGAAAUAGCGCUUCAUGAAGACUCCCUGAUUUCCUAAAGGGAAAUGAUGGCUUUUUAAACGGUGCCUGUCGUCCUCGUCAGCCUAAAGCUUCGUGUGCUUUGCUCCCGCAGCGCACUUUUUACCACUCAUUCAGAAACUAUGGGGUCUUCAGGUGUUUCCACAACUCUUUCAUCCAGCCAGCGCACGGUUCGUGCUUUUGAACAAUUCGAUCGAAGCAGAAGACACAAUGGCGGCAUCGAUCCUUCGCAGGAAAAUUCCCCCCGUUUCCACAGGCGAGCUCAGCGCUCCCCUUCUCCGACAGGCUAGCCCCAGCCAAUCACGGCCACGGACGGGGGCGGAGCCAGUGGAGAGGCAGCACUUAAUUGGUGAUGGUCACUCUGAUUGGAUGACGGAAAAAGUUGAUUUGUCUUCAUUUGUAUCUACGACCGAGUCUUCUCCAAGCUCAUCUCUUCCGCCCUCGCCGUUAGAACAAGAUGUCAAGGUGCCCUCGGAUCUGGAGGUCAUGACCUCUCUGCUGCAGGAGGAGCUGGCUCAGCUCGAGGACUACUUCCGCUCCGAGUCCACAUCCACCGCAAACAAGUUGGAGAAAUCUUCAAAAUGUGAUAAGGGCGCCCAAGCCAUGGGCUCCCAGUCUUACUACCAGUUACCCUAUGGCUCGUAUGGGACUGGCCAAUCAGAAGCCAGCCCUGUGGUUGUUACCUUGGCAACAGGGGAGCUGGACCUGGCCAGCUUCUGCGGCGGACCCAUCAGCAGAAGCAAAAUCGCAAGACCCGCUCCAUACAACUACCACCACCGCUACCACCACCACAACAACGGGCGAAGAAUCCUCGGCGAGACCGUGAAAGUCGCCGAUGAAGUUGGACUUGAUACGUGGGGCUCCAGGGGAUGUUACUCAGGAAGUACAGAGCUGUCUGUGAACCACUACUCGACGCUGAAGACGGUGAGCAAGAACAGCCUGGGCAGCAUCAAGAAGGUGAGAGAAUGUGCUUUAUCUUUGAAGGAAGAGGAGAGUUAUUGUUUUUCAGAAGGAAUGUUUUGCAGCGAAGAGAUUGCUCGAGGUUUUUGUCUGGGUGGCUCGUACGACGGCCACCACAAGCGAGAGGGACAGUUGAUGCACAAUGUGAAGGUCAAUGUAAGUUACGACAGCACGGGGCUUGAGGUCUUGCACUGCAGCAAAGACGGAGGACUUUCCGGGAGUAUCCCCCAAGAGACAAUGGUGGCCGGUGACGGAUACUUCCACCAGUCCAUGGCCAGCACAGAACCUUACCAUAGCUUUAUAGGUGACCUAGAUCAGCCGUCACAAGCACAGGCUGUCGAUCCCCAACACGGCCACUACCUCUACCCGGAAUGCCUUGCAGACCAAAGCUACGAAUGUCUGUCCAGAGGGGAGGGCGAGGGGCCGCUGCUGGGUGGCCCCAUCCACCGCCCCACCCAGAGGCUAAAGGAUGAGCCCUGCUCUGUGAAACCAGCUCUGGUGAUGAGUGCAGUGUCUCUGGAUGGCAGCAGUGGCGAGAGGAAGCAGAAGAAGAGAGACCAGAACAAAACUGCUGCUCACAGGUACAGGCUGCGUAAGAGGGCGGAGCUGGACUCUCUGGAGGAGGAGCUGCACGGUCUCGAGGGGCAGAACCGGGAGCUUCGUGACAAGGCGGAAUCGGUGGAGCGAGAAAUACAGUACGUCAAAGAUUUACUCAUCGAGGUCUACAAGGCUCGCAGCCAGCGGCUCAAACAGGACGGCAGUGCCUAAAAGAAAGAAAGGAGCCCGACGCCCACGCCGACCUCACCUCCAAACCUGCCCAGCCAGCACCAAGAGAAAAAUCAAGUCAAGAGCACCAACUGGUUUUUGUCUCACAAAUGGUAGUUUGCAUGAUUUUGGUAGUUCUUUUCUUAAAAACAAAUAAAAUGAUGUAAUUGUUCUGAGAGGAUGACUGAUCGUAAAGACCAGACGUUUCCAAAUGGGUGACCUAACUAUAACCAGCCUUAGCCAGGCGGCUUCCAGAGGAGAUGCUGAACUUGUCCGUGACCACUGUGAUCCGAACUGCACUCGCAGCCUUGUGACGACUGAGUUUGCGCUCACGACGAAGGAUCGUUUACAAAACGCUCUUUGAAUUAGUAGUAGUGACUGAAUUUACUUGUGGUUUUUUGUGACAUGCGUCAGCAGCAGCAGCAGCAGCAUCGAGGCAGAACCAUGCGAAAUCUAGAUUUUAUUUUCUAUUUUAUUUUUACUUAAUGAUGUUCAUUUAUCAUUUGCUUACAACAAUCAACCGAAUAAAGGGAUUGCUGGAAAACUUGUAACAUGCUCUACAAAUAUUCAUUAUCAGCAACAUUUAGAGAAUUUGUAUUGCUAAACUGUUGAGUAUUUACACCUCUUUACCCAAUGCAUGUUUGAUUUUGGAAAAGCAUGUGCGAGUGUUAUUUGAAGGCAAUAUUCUGUUAACUGCAUGGCUUCAAGAUCUCCACUGCGUCAGUUUCACUGAGUUGACUUCCUCCCUCUCAUCAGCUGGCGACUUUUCUCCCUCCGCCAGUGUGAUUCAUGCUCAGGUUUUGCUUUCUGCUCUGAGACACGAGCGUUCGCUGGCUUUCUUUUGUCCUUCUUCCUCUCUUCCGGCUGUAUUUUGCGAAUGAACAAUCACCUGUUGACGCAACAAUAAACGGUUGUUGGGUACGACUUUGUGGGAAUUUUGUUUUCAAUUGAUCAAUUUGAUGUAUCUGAAAUUCAGGUCCUUUUAAUAGUCGAUGUCAAUGUCAGGAAAUGAAACAUCAGGUCAAUGACAGCCAAAUAAACCAGUUAUGUAGUAUCA